CAACACCAGCAUUCAGAGAAGAAGGGCGAGCAGCAGCGCUGGAGCUCUGACAGGUUAGGCCCAGGGAUGCCUAAGAAGUUCCAGGGUGAGAACUCCAAGUCUGCGGCUGCCAGGGUGCGGAAGGCGGAGGCCAAAGCUGCCGCUGAUGCCCGAAAACAGCAGGAGCUGGAGGACGCACUGUGGCAGGAGAGCGACAAACACGUGCUGAAGAAAGAGCAGAGGAAGGAUGACAAGGAGAAGAAGCGUUUGGAGGCUCUGGAGAGAAAGAGGGAGAACCAGCGGCUCCUGGAUGAAGAGAACUCUAGGCUGAAGGGGAAACAGCCUAAAGAACCGUCGGGCAAAGUGACGAGGGCGCAGAUUGAGGAGAACCUGCAGAAGGAGCAGGCGCUGAAAGAGCCAGCCAAGGAGAAAGAGAUGACCCACCUGGACGCGCCGCUGGAGGAGAACAUUAACCGGAUCAUUCCGGAAGAAGGCUCGGCCCGAACCAUCGAAGAUGCCAUUGCGGUGCUCAGCACUAAGGAGGACAUGGACCGUCAUCCGGAGCGGCGGAUGAAGGCGGCGUACGCCGCGUUUGAGGAGGCCAACAUGGCCCGCCUUAAAAUGGAGAACCCCAACAUGCGCAUGUCUCAACUCAAACAGCAGCUGAAGAAAGAGUGGACGAAAUCUCCGGAGAACCCCCUGAACCAGCGCUUCGUCUCUUACAACACCAAGUAAAAAUAAAGAAAAAGAAAAAAGAAAACAAAACAAAAAAAAAAACAGUUUAAAGA